AAAGUACCUACGAGUUCAGUUGAUUCGGUCUUCAAUUGCACAUUCCUCUCCCACCAAGGGCACUUUCCUCCACCCACACUCAGCCCGUCCGCCGCCGCUCAAACCCCGGCAAUCCGGUCUUCGUUGUCGGAACAAUUGAUCGAUCCCUCAAUUACACCAAGCAAAUCACCAGUGAAUCGAAUCGAUGUCUCGGCAAGCUACGAGACUGAUCCACAGCUUGUCGUCGCGGCUGUUUUGCCCUAAGCAGCUCCAGCAACACCGCAAUUUUGCAUCGCCGCCGCCUCCUCCCGCCGUCUUCGUGGACAAGAACACCCGCGUCAUUUGCCAAGGCAUCACCGGAAAGAAUGGCACCUUCCACACCGAGCAGGCCAUCGAGUACGGCACCAAAAUGGUUGGAGGGGUUACCCCCAAAAAGGGUGGAACGGAGCACUUGGGACUCCCCGUUUUCAACUCUGUAGCAGAAGCCAAGGCUGAAACCAAGGCUAAUGCAACAGUGAUUUACGUUCCUCCACCUUUUGCCGCUAAGGCCAUUAUGGAAGCGAUCGAGGCUGAACUAGAUUUGGCUGUUUGCAUCACCGAGGGAAUACCGCAGCAUGACAUGAUUCGCGUGAAGUCUGCUCUUAACCAGCAGUCGAAGACACGCCUAAUUGGUCCAAAUUGUCCUGGCAUUAUCAAGCCUGGAGAGUGCAAAAUUGGAAUUAUGCCUGGAUAUAUUCACAAACCAGGACGUAUUGGAAUUGUUUCACGAUCGGGUACAUUGACUUAUGAAGCGGUUUUCCAAACAACAGCUGUUGGCCUUGGGCAGUCAACUUGUGUGGGCAUUGGUGGGGAUCCUUUCAAUGGAACAAAUUUUGUCGACUGCUUACAGAAAUUUCUUGUAGAUCCUCAGACAGAAGGUAUCAUUCUUAUUGGUGAGAUAGGUGGUACUGCGGAGGAGGAUGCUGCGGCCCUUAUAAAGGAAAGUGGGACUGAAAAGCCUGUAGUUGCUUUCAUUGCCGGGCUCACUGCUCCGCCUGGUCGAAGAAUGGGUCACGCAGGAGCCAUUGUAUCGGGAGGUAAGGGUACUGCACAAGACAAAAUCAAGACCCUGAGAGAAGCUGGAGUUACUGUGGUUGAAUCGCCUGCAAAGAUAGGCAUUGCAAUGCUUGAAGUCUUCAAACAGAGAGGUCUUGUCUGAACCACCGAGUUCAAUUUAUGAGUUUUUUUUCUUCGAGAAUUGACUAAUUUUCUUAUUUUUCGUCCGAGCCUUGUUAGGCCAUAUAAUUACACUAUUUCUCCAAGAAUUUGCCAGAGAAUAACAUGGCUGAUAAUUUUUUUUUAAUGAAGUUGAGAAAAAGCUUUUCUUGUGGCUCCUUUAAGCUGAACAUGUAAUUCUUUCGUUACAAAUAAUCUGUUUACGAGUAUUAUGGGAAACAGAAUUCGCACUGUAGGUGUGUAUUUUAGUUGGGUUAUGUUUGUUUUGUAUCUCUUGAAA